AUGCCUCCCAAAAUCCUUCUCCACGGCUCUGGAGCUGUUGGGACAAUCUACCUAUAUCUCCUGCUCAAAGCCGGAUGCGAUGUAACAGCCGUUUGUCGUUCAAACUACGAAGCAGCCAAAGCUGAUGGCUUUCAUAUCGACAGCGACAUCUACGGGAAAGGAAUCCACAUACACCCCAACAUUGUCCGCGACCCCGAAGAGGCUGCCGCUGCCGGACAAUACGAUUAUCUGAUUGUAGCCUGCAAAGCACUGCCAGAUGCAAAAAUAGCGGAGACUGUAUCUGCAGCAGUCACUCCAGGCCACACGACCAUUGUCUUGAUUCAGAACGGCAUCGACAUCGAGCAAGAAUAUGCCAGUCACUUCCCGGAAAAUCCCCUGUUGAGCUGUGUGGUCUACUUACCGACAACACAGAUCAAGCCUGGCUACAUUGAAAUGGGUGACUUAGAGACGCUCGAAAUGGGACCUUAUCCUGCAUCUGCUCACAACGACGAAAAAGUCAAAGCAUCAGCCGAUCAGCUCAUCACCCUACUCAAGUCAGCGGGUGGAAACGCACAUUACUUUCAAGACAUCCAGGAGAAACGGUGGAACAAACUUUUACUCAACGCAUCUUGGAAUCCCAUUUGUGCUCUGACUCUAUCUCGAGAUGCUGCAUUCCUCCUCAGCUCGCCCGAAAGCGAAGGUGUUAUUGUGGAAGUCAUGAACGAAGUCAUUGCAAUCUCAAAAGCGCUUGGCUAUUCAUCUGUGAAUGAAGCCGCCGGACAAGUAGGUCUCAAUCGUGCAAAGGAUCGGAUCGGCACAAAGGGUAUCGAGCCAAGCAUGCUUGUCGAUGUCCUCUGGAAUCGGAGGAUGGAAGUGGAGGUAAUCCUGGGUAACCCAUUAAGGAAAGCGAGACAGUUGGGAGUACAAGUCCCGAGGAUUGAAAUGUUGUAUAUUCUCGCCAAGGUUCUGGACGAUUCCAUCCGUUUCCGGCAGCAGGGAGAAAGUUUGGACGGCGAGAAGAUGCUCGCAUUGUUUUCUUCUUCAGAUCCGCGCUGA